AUGACACUUCCUCUUCUUAUUUUUAUAAUUAUCGCACUUCACACAAAUAAAAUCCACUUCUUCUUCUUCUCUAUCAAUAAAGAGAAAAGCAUCAAAUUCUCUGCUUUUAUCUCUUCACCAUUGUUGCUAUACCUUUCUUUAGUAAAGCCUUUUAGUUUUUUCAUUCUAAGCAAUGACGACGUCGUUUGGAACUACGACCGGUACUCUCACGCCGACCGAUCCCAAGAUCCGAUUUCAGAGCUUCACGGGGUUGAAAUCUUCCAAUUCCAUAGCUUUGACGAGGAAUCUUCGUGUGUUUCCCCUUCCUUUUUGCACUCCUACUCUCAUUAGAGCUGUCUCCACGCCAUUGAAGCCUGAAACAAGUACAGCAGAGCCAAAACGAAGCAAAGUUGAAAUCUUUAAAGAACAAAGUAAUUUCAUUAGAUACCCUCUCAAUGAAGAAAUAUAUACAGAUACACCCAACAUAAACGAAGCUUCAACACAAUUAAUUAAGUUCCAUGGCAGUUAUCAACAAUAUAACCGAGAUGAACGUGGUACUCGGUCGUAUUCGUUCAUGCUUCGAACUAAAAACCCCGGUGGGAAAGUCCCGAACCAGCUUUACUUAACUAUGGAUGAUCUCGCCGAUCAAUUCGGUAUCGGAACAUUACGUUUAACGACGAGGCAAACGUUUCAGCUCCAUGGUGUUUUGAAAAAAGAUCUCAAGACUGUUAUGAGUACUAUUAUUAGAAACAUGGGGUCGACUCUCGGUGCGUGUGGGGAUCUUAAUCGAAAUGUGCUUGCUCCAGCUGCACCGUUUAUGACGAAAGAAUAUAAGUUUGCGCAAGAAACUGCAGAGAAUAUUGCGGCAUUGUUGACUCCGCAAUCGGGGUUUUAUUAUGAUGUAUGGGUGGAUGGAGAGAAAUUUAUGACUUCGGAACCUCCGGAAGUUGUGAAAGCUAGGAAUGAUAACUCUCACGGAACGAAUUUCCCAGAUUCUCCGGAGCCGAUAUAUGGUACACAGUUCUUGCCUAGGAAGUUUAAGAUUGCUGUGACUGUGCCAACUGAUAACUCGGUGGAUAUUCUCACGAAUGAUAUCGGUGUAGUGGUGGUUUUCGAUGAAAAUGGGGAGCCUCAAGGGUUCAACAUAUACGUUGGCGGUGGCAUGGGAAGAACACAUAGACAAGAGACUACUUUCCCGCGUUUGGGUGAACCACUCGGUUACGUGCCAAAAGGUGACAUUUUAUAUGCUAUUAAAGCCAUCGUUGCUACACAACGAGAUCAUGGUAGAAGAGAUGAUCGUAAAUAUAGUAGGAUGAAAUAUUUGAUUAGUUCUUGGGGGAUUGAAAAAUUUAGAAAUGUUGUUGAGCAAUAUUAUGGAAAGAAAUUCGAGCCUUUCCACGAGUUGCCGGAAUGGGAAUUUAAGAGUUACUUGGGAUGGCACGAGCAGGGUGACGGUGCUUUAUUUUGCGGGCUCCAUGUAGAUAACGGUCGGAUUGGAGGAAAAAUGAAAAAGACACUGAGGGAAGUGAUAGAGAAGUAUAAUUUAAAUGUGCGAAUCACCCCGAACCAAAACCUCAUUUUGUGUGACAUUCGUAGUGCAUGGAGGCGUCCUAUUACCACAGUUCUCGCUCAAGCUGGGUUGCUGCAUCCUAGAUACGUGGACCCCUUGAACUUAACCGCUAUGGCGUGCCCGGCUUUCCCACUUUGCCCUUUGGCAAUAACCGAAGCUGAACGUGGUAUCCCCGACAUCCUCAAGCGUGUCAGAGCUGUCUUUGAGAAGGUUGGACUCAAGUACAGUGAGUCCAUAGUGAUAAGGGUAACUGGUUGCCCUAAUGGUUGUGCCAGACCAUACAUGGCUGAGCUUGGACUAGUUGGUGACGGUCCAAACAGUUAUCAGAUUUGGCUCGGAGGAACACCCAAUCAAACCCAAUUAGCAAGAACUUUUAUGAACAAAGUCAAAGUUCAAGAUCUCGAAAAAGUUUUCGAGCCUUUAUUCUACUACUGGAAACGAAAAAGACAGCCCAAAGAAUCAUUCGGCGACUUCACAACCCGAAUGGGAUUUGAAAAACUUCAUGAGCUGGUAGACAAGUGGGAAGGUCCAGUUCAAUCACCGGUAAGGUAUAACCUUAAGCCAUUCGCCGAUAAAGAGACAUACGAAGCCAUGGAAGAGCUUGCAAAGCUGCAGAACAAGAGCCCUCAUCAACUGGCAAUGGAAGUCAUUCGUAAUUUCGUUGCUGCCCAGCAAAACGGUAAGAGCGAAUGAGUUGGUUUUUACGAUAUUCUCACUGGCUGGCUGCAUUGUCUAAUAAACGGAACUGUCGGUGUCUCUUUCUCGAGGUUGUUACUGUUUGGUAACAUCGGAUGAAAUCUUGGUUUUUCGAGAUGAUUUUGGUAUCAUUUUACGGGAUCUGGGUUCUUAUCUAUAAAAUUAUUGUGUGUCCUAAUUGUUUGUUGAGGAUUGUGGAGUUUUUGGUUUUUAGAAUAUAAUUUGCCAUAGCUUAGGGAUGAAACAGCAAAAAGCAAAAAUGAAUAAAGCUUCAAUGACAAUUAACAAUGGCAAACUCGAAACUAAAA